UCUGAUCCCGUCCAGCCAGUCAGCACACGUCCGGUUUGAGUUCGACACCCGAGAGCUCAGAGGAAGUUUCAAAAGCAUAAAGUUGACAGCUGUUCGUAACAGACAUUACAAUUGCCUCUGAACUAAACUAUCGCAUUGUGUGAAAUGGCACUCCAGCUUUAUAACGCGGAAUAGAAGCUGAUAACAGACAGAGGCUUGUCGGAACUUUAUUUCUGCGGUCUGACAAGGCAGUCGGAAGCAUUUAUCAGUCGGACACUUGAAACAUCAGGAAGUUGAUGUUUACCUGUAAAGAUGAUCCUUUAGCGAUAUCUUCAUUAAAAGUUGAUUUUACGUCUGGGAAAUAUAUAUAUAUUUUUUAGGCAUAGUUGUCGGAAAUUUUAUAUUUAAAGUUUAAUUAAGGCGGUGUGGCGAUUUAAAGAGAUGGAAUCGGGACGCCGGAGAGGUUUGAGUAGCCUCCUGUCCUCAGUAUCACUACUCUGUGUAGUCCUGGACCUGCAGCUGGACGGUGUAUUAGGUGCCACCCAUGUGGAAAUCGAGCAGCACCUGGAGAUGGGCCGUAAGCUUCUAGCGGCAGGGCAACUGGCAGAAGCGCUCUCCCAUUACCACUCGGCAGUUGAGGGUGAUUCAAAGAAUUACCUGACUUAUUACAAACGUGCGGCUGUGUUUCUGGCCAUGGGGAAGUCUAAAUCAGCCUUGCCAGAUCUGACCCGAGCCAUUCAGCUUAAACCAGAUUUCCUUGCUGCUCGGAUACAACGGGGGAAUAUUCUCCUGAAGCAGGGGAACACUCAGGAAGCCAGAGAUGAUUUCCAGGCAGUGUUGCAGCGCUCACCAGACACCGAGGAGGCACAUAGUCAGCUCCACAGAGUCGAGGAGCUGGAGCACCUCCAGGAGGAGGCACAUAAGGCCCAUCACCGUGGCGAUUACACCACCACCAUCCAGGUGCUUGAGCGGGUCAUAGAGCUCUCUCCUUGGGAUCCAGAAUCUCGGGAGCUAAGAGCAGAAUGCUACAUCCGCAUCGGGGAGCCGAGGAAAGCCAUAUUAGACCUGACGCCUGCGGCCCGGCUCAGAACAGAUAACCGAGCGGCUUUUCUCAAACUCAGCCGUCUACUGUAUGACCUGGGAGAACACCAUGAGUCACUAAGUGAAAUCCGGGAGUGUCUAAAGCUGGAUCAAGAUGAUAAGGAAUGUUUUGCCCAUUACAAACAAGUGAAGAAGCUUAGCAAACAGCUGGACUCUGCUGAGGAACUGAUCUCAGAACAGCGAUAUCAAGAAGCAAUAGAAAAGUAUGAAUCUGUAAUGAGGACAGAACCAAAUGUUCCAUUCUACACAAGCAAAGCGAAGGAAAGGAUCUGUUUCUGUCUAGUGAAGAAUAAGAAGGCAGGGGAGGCAUUAGACACGUGUUCAGAGGCCCACCAGAGAGACCCUCAAAAUAUUCACAUCCUCCGAGACAGAGCUGAGGCCUACAUUCUGCUACAGGACUAUGAGAAGGCCGUGGAGGAUUAUCAGGAGGCACGGGAGUUUGACCAGGAGAAUCAGGAGAUUCGUGAGGGUCUCGAACGCGCACAGAAACUCCUGAAGAUAUCACGUAAAAGGGACUACUACAAAAUCCUGGGAGUGAGCCGGACCGCUAGCAAACAGGAAAUCAUUAAAGCAUAUAGGAAAUUGGCACAGCAAUGGCAUCCAGACAACUUCCAGGAUGAAGAGGAAAAGAAAAAGGCUGAGGCGAUGUUCAUUGACAUUGCUUCAGCUAAGGAAGUUCUUACAGAUCCAGAGAUGCGUCAGAAAUUCGACUCGGGAGAGGACCCCUUGGACCCCGAGAACCAGCAGGGAGGCGGGGGAGGCGGCGGCUGGCCUUUUGGCUUCAACCCUUUUGAGUCGGGUGGAAAUUUCCACUUCAAGUUCCACUACAACUAAUAUGGCUAUGCCAUUGAAUAUGGUGGACAUGAUGUAUUAUGGACAAUGGACUUAUUUAAAAUCCCACAAAGGGAAGUUAAGAAGAAACUCCACAUAUUCAAGUGACUUCUGUUGGCUUUUUUCACACGGGUAGUUGUCAAUUCAGAUUUGAAUAUGCGGAGUGUUGGAUUUCUUAAGGAAUCAAAUGUUCUUAUGUGAUUUGGGACAAAUUGGUUGUUUGACUCCAUGCAGUCAAUGGCUGUGACGAAUGAAGUCUUAUUUGGUAUUUUUCAAAGCUAUACCAUUUCAGCUUGAUCAGCUGACUGGUAUCUGCUUUUCCAUUCAUGUCUCACCUCUCUCUCUCUCUCACACACAAAAGCCUUCAACCCUCUUGUUUUUCUCUAAUUGAAUAGUUCACAUUGGCUGCUUCUCAUUUCAGUUGUAAGAAGUCUAUAUCAGUGACACACAGGGUUUUUUUGUUUUGCUUUUUUAUAAAAAGGUUCAGUCCCAACACUCUGGACUUCAUUACACUAAAUCAGUAUUGCACUAUUGUGCAUUUGAUUGGUAUGGUCUAGUCUGCAGGGAUGGAAAUAUGAGCCUCAGCCCCCUUUUUUUUUUUUUCUUCUUCUUUUUCUUUGUAUGUACCCCCCCAUCCUCUUUGAAAGUUGACUCGCCAUUUUUUUUUCUUCCCUGGUUCUUUGAGUGACCCAGUUCUUUUGAACAUAUCAGAUGUCAGUCAGUACAUCAAACCACAUCAGUUAUUGGAGAACCUGCACGUCUAGUUCUGGCAAUCAAAGAGAUGAUCAUGGCUUUACAGAAGUGCCAACAAAAACCAAAUUAAAAAGGUUUUAAUCAUGGUAUUAGCAUACACAAAACACUCCAACCACUGGUAAACUGACCCACUCUGUGUCAAACAAGGUCUUUAUUUAUUUUACCUGCUUGUUCAUUUUUCACCUUCACCCCAAUCUAUCUAAUCUGACACUAAUGGUCAGACCUAAUUUUAUUUUGUCAGCAAUGAUUGAUCUCCAUGUGUCUACUCUUCUCCCAUCAAUGCUUAUAGAAACUUGUGGUGUCCGCUUGAAUGGUUUUGGGAUAUUAUUCCCCCCCCCCCCAAAAAAAAACAGUGGUAACUAUGUCUUCUGCUUUCUUUGAAGGAAUUUAUUUGAAGCCACUUUUAGGAUGGGUUAUUUAAAAAUAAGAGAGUGUUCUGAUUAA